AUGAUACGACGGACAAAAGGUCCACACAUUCUCACCAGAAUCGAAGGCGAUUGCCUCGGAGACAGCACCACCAAGAAUGUUCCAGUAAAGUCAAUCGACAGUCGAUCAAGAGGAAUUCGCUGUCGUCUUCUGGUAGGAUCAACCUCCGAAUCUCGUUCACUCGAAAUGGGAAUAAGCUCAACAGAUUCAAAGCGCAACAGACGAGCGGGUAUUCCAAAGAACGACUCGGACAAGAGGCGUGCUUCGACAAUUGAGAAAAAGCCCAAUUCGCAGGUAGCAAUUAAGGUCGCUCUUUGUGUCCCAUCAAAGUGGAUCCUCGAUCCUGCGACGUACAAGAGCGUGCAUUUACUCAAGCCGCUUCCCGGUAGAAUGAGGUCGCAUCUGCCGCCCUCGUUCGGGGACACUCACAUCAUAACCCGCCUCAUCGUUGAUCGAAAAUAG